UAAUAUAUAAAUAUUGAUUGGAAAAAAAUUGUUGUUUAGAGUAUUUUUUAAAUUUCUUUAAUUUAUUUUCAGCAAUAUGUGGUGUACAUAUCCUUACGCAAAAAAAACCAUUAAAUGAUUGUAACAAAAAAACGUAGAAAUUACUAAUUUAUUAUAAAAUAUUGGUAAACAUAUGGCAGAAGGUAAUUUAAUUAUUUAAAUUACUGCAGUAAAAAAAAGUUUUUUAAAUAAUACAGCACAUUUAUUUAAAAAUGUACAUAUAAUAAUUUUAAUUUUUAAUACACGUAAUUGGAUCAUAUCAUUGCCGAUUGUCAUUUUUUAAUUACAUUUGCACAUGAUAAGGCAGAUUAAUAUUUAUUUCGUUAGAUCUAUUUAAUUUAUCAAAUUGCUUUACGUUUAUAAAAGAGGACAGAAUUGUAUGCUACAUUGCAGAAUUGCAAAAGUGAUACAUCAUUCUUUAUUGUUAUGUGACGCAUCCGAGAGAAUUUACGAGACUUGCUUGUCAGAGUGUUUUGCUCUUCCAGAAAGUCAAUAUUUUAUUCUUUAUAAUAUUUUAUCUAUAAAAUAUUUAGUAUUGCAAGAGACUUUAAUAUAAACAGUAGUCAAAUUUAAUUUUAAAACGUCAAUUGACUAAAAGAUAGGAAACAAAAAUGAAGGAAAUCCAUGUGCCGGUAUAUGACAACUCGCCGUCAGUAGAGCAGACCUUACGUCCAAUAUUAUACACGUCUUGGUUCAUGGGCGCCGGUAUUGCACGUCCGCAAAAAUGUUCCAAGGUUGUAACGAUAAUUAUACGUAUCGUUCAUCUGGCUGUGUGUUCAGUUACCAUGGUGUGCAACGUGAUUUACCUCCUCAAUUUCGUUACCGUCACCCAUUUUUACAGUAACAUGUUCUCGAUCAUAUAUUUUAUGAACAAGGUGAUGUGCUACGUGUCGGCGUAUUACUAUAUUUAUCACGGAAUCAGGCAAUAUAACAAGUGGUCUAAGCUGAUGGACAAAAUAAAGGAACUCGAUCAAAAAAUCAGGAGAGAAAUGUACAUUAGUGAUCAGCCAGUAAAGAAGGCCGAAGUUGUAGCAAUUCUCACAACAUUCGCUUGUUGUCCUUUCGUGCCGAUCAUACACAUUCUGUUUUAUUUUAUAUAUUCACAGAACAAUUUAGCAUCCAAGUUGCUGUUUUUCUAUAUGCUCGCCCAGUCACUAAUAAACAGUUAUGUUUUUGAUAUUGUUGUCUAUGUGCUAUAUUAUAGAUUUCAAGCGAUAAAUAAACUAAUUGACCAAUUGGAUACAUCGUCCACUGCGCCAUGGAUUGCACUCAAGAUUAAACGCAUUAGAGAAUUGCAUACCGAUGUUUGUGAUCUCGUUAUCAUGGUAAACGAUAUUUACGGCCUUCAUCUUCUGCUCUGCGCAGCGAACUGCUUUAUCAUGGUGCUAGCUACUCUGUUCAGAAUCUAUAUAGUUGUGAAAGAAUACUAUAACUACUACUUUUAUAUAUUAAUAAAUAUUUUUGUUUGGAUUUUAUGUACCACGCAAUUUGGUGUGAUGUGCUGGAUUUGUACACUCGCGCGUCAAGAAUCUGACAAGACUGGAAUAACUAUGUGCGCAAUUGUACUAAAAUGCAAACCAGUGAAUCAUGACAUACUACAUGCGACGGGGAUUCAAUCGGGUCUAGAAAUGCAAUUGGAAGACUUGGAUAGCAAGCAAAAAUUUAAUUGGAGACAUAAUUUAAGUAACGUUAUCAUUGAAAAUCUCUUGCGUAGAAACCUAGAUCGAGACUAUGUUAGAAGCGAAAUCAAUGAUUUUUCGAUUCAACUGCAACAUCGUCGAGUCACAUUUACAGCCUGCAAUUUCUUUGAAAUAAGCAAUACUGUGUUCUGUGGUUUUAUCGGAAUGAUCAUUACUUAUUUAAUAAUCUCCAUUCAAUUCUCUGAGUGACACGAAUAUUAUGUAUUUAGGAUACGUUCAUUAGUUUGUUGCACGUCACAUGUAUAUUACAUGUAUGUUCAAAAACAGUUUUGAAAUUUUUGUUGUUUAUGAGAUUUAAUACACUUUGAUACUUUUUAAUUUCCAAUAAUUAAAUACCUAAAUCUAAUACCAAUAAUACAAGUUUUGUUAUUAAAACUUUUGUAAGUAUUUGUAAGUUUUUGAUGGUUGAAACAAAAAGAAUAGCAAUAGUAUGAUAGGUGGUAAAUGCGAAUCAACUGCGAUUAUUAAAUUAUAAUUUAAUCAUUUCGUCUUUCUCCUUGUUUGCACACGUAUCAAGCUUGAUUAUCUUUUUAAAGCUUAAUUAUGUUAUUAAAUGGAUAUAAUGUAUUAAGGUCAUAUUACGAGGAAUAGCUAGCAAGCAAUCUAAUAUUAUAGAACUUCAGAAAUAAUACGUUCUUUCUUCGUAAAUUACCAGAGAAAAUUUAUAAUUCGCACGUUUGUUAGUGUUUUGCUUUUAGAACGGUUUACUAUUUUUCUCUAAAAUAUUCUCUAUUGCGAGGAAUUUUAAUAUAAUUCACACUUGCUUGUGAAACGUGUUAAUUGGUAAGAAAAUACGAGAAGAUAAUGGAAGAAGAGAUUCAUAUGCAAGUGGAAGAUAACUUGUUUUCGAUAAAGCACAUUUUGUGUCCAAUAUGUGUUCUGGUUUCUGGGCGUUGGAGAUUCACGUUUAUCUGGAAAGUCUUAAAGGUAACGAUAAACAUACAUAUUCUCCUGGCCAUGUGUCAGCGUAAUGUGUUAGCGUAAUGAUAGUAUUUUUUUUAUUGCCAGUCGAUGCUGACUGCUGCAGCUGACCGACUUACGUCAUCGGUGUUACUGACACCUUUCUUAUCG